AUGAGUGCACAUGAUCAAUCGCUUCGAGGCGCCCAGAAGCGUUUACGCGCCACCCACACAAAGUCUCGCCAGGGAUGUUACACGUGCAAGUCGCGCAGGGUCAAAUGCGAUGAAGCAAAGCCGAUAUGCGGCGCUUGCGCGUUGAGAAACGCGCCUUGUGGCUAUCCGAGACCUACUUCUCGCCAGGCCAGGCGGGAGAGGCAAGAUGAGGUUCCAAUGGCUGGCGAAGCCGGACACAUGGUCCCUCCUUUCUCGCACGAUGGGUCGCCGCGUGCUCUGGACUUUAACCUGCCUUCUCCACCUGCGCCCACGGCCGAGGUAAACCCUGGGUCAAUGAACAUGGUCGAUCUCCGCCUCUUGUCGCAUUUCAUUAUCCGCACUUCGAAACGCAUGUCACUGAAUCCAUACCGACAGAAGGUGUGGGAGACAGUCAUACCGGGAUUGGCUGCGGAUCAUGACUUCCUGAUGCAUCUUGUCCUAGCAUUGGCUGGGCUGGAUCAUUAUCCGCUCGAAACCCAACCCGUCGCUGCUCUUCCCCUUCCCUGUGGCCGUGCAAUCAGCAGUGAUAACGGCACCCCAAUCCACGCUCUUCACCACAUGCAGGUAGUCGUCGGACACCAUCAAUGCGGUCUCCAAGGCUUUCGAGACACUCUUUUUACCCUUUCCGACUCGAACUGUAACGCCGUCUUCGCCGGGUCAAUGCUCCUUGUCGCCUUCGCCUUUGCCUCGCUGCGCGUGCGGAACUGGAGCGACUCCCACAUAUCCAUUUCCACCAGCUCCCCGCUCCCUACAUUACGCCUGGACUGGAUAUACCUCAUCCGCGGCCUGACCACGGUGGUCAGACAGUGCUGGCCCGCGCUGAGGAUGGGUCCAUUCCGCGAGAUCCUGCAGCAUCCGGAGGCCACCGAGGACUGGAAGAUGUAUCCAGACACGAUGUUUACGGCCGUCACGGCCCCCGCAGGCUGCUCGCCGCGGAUCGCCAGAUUCUGCCGCGGCGCAUACGAGGCCCUCUCUCGGCUAAAAUCUCUACAAGGAUCUACGCCGUCGCCCAUGGAUGAAGACUCGCCCCGGAGCCGCAUGGACCAUCCAUCCUCGGCAUUGAAAGAAGGCCUCGACCUCCUCGAGUCGAUGUACAUGCGGAUCCUCUACGUGGUCCAAUUCUGGCGAGAUGAAACACACCCAGAUACUGGGGUCAGCCUUGCAGUUGCAAUCCAGGCUGACAUGGAGAAUGCGGCGGUCAUGGGCUGGCCGCAGGCUCUCUCGGAGGACUUCCUCGCCAGCCUCGGCAGCCCUGAUGUGACGCCGAAUGCGUCACUAGUUGUCCUCGCGCACCUUUACCUCACACUGGCGCUGUUUGAAGCGACGUGGUUCCUCAACGGGGCGUUUGAUGAAGAGAUCAUGAAGAUUGAUACUCUGUUCAAGGCCUCGCGCGAUGAGACGUUUGUGGCGCUUAUGCAUUGGCCUGUUACGGUGCUGCAUGGUUGA